AUGAACAGCUCACAUCGCAAUCGGUCAGACUAUGACCACUACCCCUUUCUGAACAAGGACGAGUUUGCAGAGAUAUGCCACCAACUGGAUAAUAGGUACUGCCAAGCUACACUCGGCCCAGUCCGGAAGCAAUGGAAACUACGGGUUCACACGGCACUAGAUAUGCUCUUUGGCGGAGAUUCUGAGCACACGACUUUCGUUCAGAUUACAAGACCACUUGAAGAGGAUGCGGACUUGGAUGAGUUGGAAUCAUGUUUCGACAACUUCUCCAUGGGAGACAGCAACGAUGUUGCACAGGGCAUCGACAUGGCUAUGGAAAUAGUAACCGAUCCGGAAGAGCAUAUUAAAAGACCGCCUCAACCCAGCUUCGGGCAUGUCAGAUAUGAGAUUCAUCUGCACCCCACAUACCGGGCACCCUGCCUCUGGUUCAGUCUGCACGACCUGCCUGCGGGCGAAGCGUCAUUUGACAUAGAUACCGUCUUUCGGCGGCUGGUGCCAGAUCAGUUCAAGAGCAUCCUUCGAGGGGUGGGCCCCAUAGGUGGAAUUUCCGCAGACCACCACCCCGUGACGGGGGUGCCUUCGUUCUUCGUCCAUCCGUGCUUCCUAGGGGACGCCAUGGCAGAAUUCGACUGCUCCAAGGAGGAUUACCUGAUGGUAUGGCUAGGACUGGUGGGCGGGUGUGUAGGGCUCUGGGUGCCCAAAGAAAUGGCCCUCAACAGUUCCGGCUGA